CGCUGGGGUUUAGAAUUCGCUGAGUUGGUAACUGUAACUGAAAAGGUUCGAGAUUUUGAAAGUUUAAAUCAGCAAGCGUAUAUAACUAUUUUGGUCUAAUGGUCGCAAGAAGCCGAAUUCCUGUCAAUCUCUCAGGAACAUUUGCCCCAAAGGUAGCUUGGGCCGUCAUAGAGGGGCAACCGCCCUUACUACAAAAUCCAGACCCCAUGAAACGUUCGUGCACUGACUCACUGGAAAAUUACCCCACCAAGAAAAUCCGAUGACUAAGCGCGGGAAGGCUGGCGGGCAACUGAACCCCGCGUGUAUUAUAACAUUUCAACAAUCAACACAACAUCAACAACAACGAAACAUGGCCUCAACCACGCCCAUUCUACCUGUCAAGGGCAAGAGGAAUAUUUUAGUGACAUCUGCCUUGCCCUACGUCAACAACAAACCUCAUUUGGGAAAUGUCGUUGGCAGUGUCCUCAGCGCCGAUGUAUACGCCCGAUUCAGCAAACUGAGAGACAGACCAACUCUAUACAUCUGUGGCACUGACGAGUACGGAACAGCCACUGAGACGAAGGCUUUAGAGACGGGCCAAACCCCGAAGGAGCUCUGCGAUGAAUUCCACAAGGUCCACAAGGAUAUUUACGACUGGUUCGAGGUCGGAUUUGAUUACUUUGGUCGAACUACCACCGAUCAGCAGACCAAGAUUGCCCAGGAUAUCUUCGUGAAACUUCAUAAGAAUGGAUACCUGGAGGAGCGGACAACUACACAGCCCUAUUGCGAAAAGCACGAGUCCUUCCUCUCGGAUCGCUUCGUGGAGGGCACAUGCCCGAAGUGCCAGUACGACGAUGCCCGCGGCGACCAAUGCGACAAGUGCGGAAGCCUCCUAGAUCCCUUUGAGCUCAUCAACCCACGCUGCAAGGUCGACGGAGCCUCCCCGGUCCAGCGCGACACAACGCACAUGUUUAUUCGCCUUGACAAGCUCCAACCAACGAUCGAGAGUUGGUUCACAAAGUCCAGCCAGGAGGGUGGAUGGCCCCAGAACGGAAUCAGUAUCACCAAGUCGUGGUUUGACAAGGGAUUGGAAGGGCGCAGCAUUACUCGGGAUCUUAAAUGGGGCACGCCCGUGCCGAUCCCUGGCUACGAGAAUAAGGUCAUGUACGUAUGGUUCGACGCUUGUAUCGGGUAUCCUUCCAUUACAGCGUCCUACACAGACGAGUGGGAGCAAUGGUGGCGCAACCCAGAAGAUGUAGAGCUCUUCCAGUUUAUGGGCAAGGACAACGUUCCUUUCCACACUGUUAUUUUCCCAGGCAGCCAAAUUGGCACGGGAGACAAGUGGACACAGCUCAAUCACCUUUCUACUACAGAGUAUUUGAACUAUGAAGGUGGAAAAUUCUCGAAGUCCAGAGGUGUUGGUGUUUUCGGCGACACUGCGAAGGAUACCGGAAUUCCUGCAUCCGUGUGGCGUUACUAUCUGAUGGCGAACCGACCAGAGACCAGUGACACCCAAUUCGAAUGGAAGGCGUUCAUUGCAGCAAACAACAGCGAGCUGCUCAACAACUUUGGAAACUUUGUCAAUCGUCUUGUCAAAUUUGUAAACGCAAAGUGCGACGGUGUCGUUCCGGAAUUUUCUGCAUCCUAUACCGACGAGACCUUUGACUUCCCAGCAUUCAUUGAAAGCGUCAAUGUCCACCUUAGAGAGUACAUUGCGGAUAUGGAGGCUGUUAGAAUUCGCGCUGGACUCAAGAAGUUUAUGGAAAUCUCAGCAUUGGGCAACAACCUCUUGGCUGGCCGUCUUGAUAAUGCCAACUUGACUGGAAGCCCUGAGAGGACACACACUAUCAUUGGUCUGGCUCUCAACCUUGCAUACCUCCUUGCCUCCAUUUCAUCGCCAUUUAUGCCAUCUACUGGAGCCUCCAUUGUCAAGCAGCUCCAAGUGCCCCUACUAUCAAUUACCGACAAGUGGAACCCAGAGGCUCUCAAGGGCGGCCACAAGAUCGGCAAGGCCGAGUAUCUGUUCACCAGGAUUGAUGAUAAGAAGGAGGCCGAGUGGAGGACCAAGUACGGUGGCACCCAGGCCUCUAGGAUUGCUGAGGAAGAGGCUAAGGCCAAGAAGGCUGCUGACAAGGCCAGAGAUAAGGAGAGGAAGAAGGCAAAGAAGGAGGCUGCUAAGGCUGCAGCUCCUGCCGAGGGGGGGCUUAAGACCGAGCUUCCUCUUCGCGGUGUUGCCGCCGAGGAACAGGCACCCCCACCAGCGGCAGCUCCAUGAUUCGAAUGCCAUGACGAAUAAUGACGAUGCACUGUCGGCGGCGUUGGGAUGGUUUAACGAGCGGCGGAGGGGGACAUAGCAAAGUUGUGUACCAUUUGUUUUGUGAGACUGAGGUGGUAGCGAGGCUCCUUUUCAACAUGAGAAGCUAGAUCUGAUUGUGAAGCUCCAUAGCCUAAAUUUACAGUGUCUUUUAAGUACAGUUCCUGGUUCGGGAGAUUCUCGUAAUGCCCAACCACCCUAUCCAACGCCUAGCCACCCUAAUACUGUACAUCUAUGUUUUACAUUACUCUAUACAAGACCAAUCGUCUUCGCGGCUCU